AUGGUUUUAUGGCAGAGAGCUGUGGCGGCAUUGUUUGCCUGCCACUUCGUUGAUGCCCGCGAUGCACUGGUUGAUUCCCAAUUGCUCAAAAACCCGUAUCCUUAUCAUUUCCCGGAAUUGGGCAGCAAUGGAACUUCACUAUUCCCUAUGCCACUCUGCCAUGGGUUUAGAUUGGAGGAGGCAACGAUUGAUGAGCUUCAAGCACAGCUCACCUCGGGUCGACUCACGAGUGUUGACCUCGUCGAAUGCUACACCGAAAGGAUCUUCCAGACCAAUGGAUACGUGAAUGCCGUUUCGCAAACCAACCCGGAUGCUUUGAAAAUCGCCCGAGCUCUCGAUGUAGAACGAGCCAGAGGUAGAGUCCGUGGCCCACUCCAUGGGAUCCCUUUUCUCGUAAAAGACAACAUUGCCACCAGAGACCGCUUGGAAACAACUGCCGGGAGCUGGGCCCUGCAAGGAAGUGUUGUUCCUAGGGAUGCCCAUGUCGCUUACAAGCUGCGAAAAGCUGGGGCUCUCCUGUUGGGGAAAGCUGCCAUGAGCGAGUGGGCGGAGAUGCGCACAACAGACUAUUCUCAAGGAUAUUCUGCCUUUGCAGGCCAGAGUAGAAGCGCGUAUAAUUUUACCGUCAACCCCGGGGGAAGCAGCUCGGGCUCUGGAAUUGCGGUUUCUAUCAAUCAAGCGGCCUUUGCAUUGGGUACCGAAACUGAUGGAAGCGUUGUCCAACCCGCGGAGAGAAACGCUAUUGUCGGUAUCAAGCCCACAGUUGGACUAACGUCCCGCGCUGGCGUGAUUCCAAUAUCUAGCCACCAGGAUUCCGUGGGAACGUUGGGGAAAACAGUGCGUGAUGCGACGUACGUGCUAGAUGCCAUUUACGGAAUCGAUAAGCGUGAUAACUAUACCUUUGUACAAAGGGGGAAGACACCUCGCGGUAGGCGUGGUUACUCCCAAUUCCUCACUGACAAGACGGCGCUCAAGGGUGCUGUGUUUGGUAUACCAUGGAAUUCGUAUUGGAAGCUGGGAGAGCCGAGUCAAAUCUCCCAGCUUUUGGAGCUAGUCGACUUGAUCAAAAGUGCGGGUGCCACCAUCGUUAACGGAACUGAGAUUACCAACUAUGAAACCAUUAUUCCUCGAGAUAGGUGGGAUUGGGAUUGGGGCUCGCGACGCGGAUAUGCGAACGAGUCCGAAUACACGAUUAUGAAAGUAGAUUUUUAUAACGAUCUCCGAGCCUAUCUUUCUGAGCUUGAAAACACCAAUAUCCGCUCCCUUGAAGAUGUCGUCCAGUACAACUAUGACAAUUCCGGAACAGAAGGCGCUUCUCCUCACGCUCACCCGGCCUGGGCUGCUGGUCAAGAUAGCUUACUUGCGUCGCUAGCCACCAAAGGCAUUCAAAACGAAACGUAUUGGCAAGCUGUCUCAUUCUGUCGAUCCUCCUCGCGCAAGGGCAUCAAUGACGCUCUCAGCUAUCGUAAUCGUCAAUUGGAUGGCCUUCUGGUCCCUACCGAUGUUGGGCAGACUUGGAUGAUGCCCGCUCAAGCCGGAUAUCCGAUGAUCUCGAUUCCUGCAGGGCUGAAUGUCGAGUCCGGCAUGCCGUUUGGAUUGGCGAUCAUGCAUACCGCGUUUUCGGAGGCGAAGUUGAUAAGAUAUGCCAGCGCAAUUGAAGAUCUGCAAAACAGCUCUGGCACAAAUUACCGCCGGACCCAACCCCAGUGGCUUGGAUAUCGAAGGCGGAAUCUUCCUUUGGCUAAUGCAACGUGA